AUGUCUGGAAAACCAGUUUGCAUUGCUGAUUUUGAAGAGUAUGCUAAAAAAUUCCUCCCCAAAUCAGUGUAUGAUUAUUACCGAUCUGGAGCAGAUGACCAGGAAACGUUAGCAGAUAACGUAGCAGCAUUUUCAAGAUGGAAGCUGUACCCCCGGGUGCUCAGGGACGUGUCAGUAAUGGACCUAUCAACCUCAGUCUUGGGGCAGAAAAUCAGCAUGCCGGUCUGCGUUGGAGCGACCGCUAUGCAGCGCAUGGCUCACGCUGACGGAGAGAUGGCUACUGCUAAAGCCUGCCAGGCAAUGGGGACAGGGAUGAUGCUGAGCUCCUGGGCCACCUCUUCCAUUGAAGAAGUGGCUGAAGCAGCUCCAGCUGGCCUUCACUGGCUGCAGCUUUAUGUGUACAAGGACCGGGAGGUUACCAAAUCCCUCGUGAAGCGUGCGGAGAGAGCAGGCUACAAAGGGAUCUUCGUGACGGUGGACACGCCUUUCCUUGGCAGGCGCAUCGAUGACGUGCGCAACAAGUUCCAGCUUCCUCCCCACCUCAGAUUAAAAAACUUUUCAAGCAGUGACCUGGCAUUCUCCUCAGGGAAAGACUUUGGAGAAAAUAGCGGACUGGCUGUGUACGUAGCCGAGGCGAUUGAUGCAAGCGUCAAUUGGGAGGACAUCAAAUGGCUUCGAGGGCUGACCUCGCUGCCCAUCGUUGCAAAAGGAAUCCUCAGGGCUGAUGAUGCUAAAGAAGCUGUAAAGAUUGGGGUAAAUGGUAUCCUGGUGUCAAAUCAUGGAGCACGACAGCUUGAUGGGGUCCCUGCAACUAUUGAUGUCUUGCCUGAAAUUGUUGAGGCUGUGGAGGGGAAGGUGGAGGUGUUCCUAGACGGUGGUGUAAGAAAAGGCACAGAUGUUCUCAAGGCAUUAGCUCUCGGUGCCAAAGCUGUAUUCAUCGGAAGACCUCUCAUCUGGGGCUUGGUUUAUCAAGGAGAAGAAGGAGCAAAAGAAGUUCUCCAGAUGCUGAAGGAAGAGUUUCGCCUGGCAAUGGCACUGACAGGAUCCCAGAGAGUAGAAGAAAUUGGCAGGACACUGAUACGAAGACAUCAAGUAUUGUUUUCCAAGAUUUAG